GCCCAGACCGAGACUGUCUCUCCUCUCUGGACCGGUACCAUAUCGGACCUUUAAUCGACCACCUUCGGUUCUCUGAGUCAGGUGUAGCUACAAUCACUCUACAGCUUCCUUUUACGCAUAAUCAUUUCUGCUGGCCCCCGAUCAGAAAGAGAGCGAUAGAGAGAAGGGAGAGAGAUUGAGAGAGCCGCCGCCUCAUCAGCUCAGGAGUUGAUGAAAGACGCAGGUUCGAUGUCGACAACCGCAGUGCAGACCCUUCCCGGCCGUGAUUCCGCAUCGUCGCAGCCCUCCGCCGAUGAAUUGAAUCAAACACAGCUACCUGUGCCAUCCGAUCAUGAACCGUCUGCCACCAACCCAUCGGGUUCUCAGAACAAUCUAGCCGCAUCCUCCUCGCAACCAAAGAAGAAACGUUCGCUCUUACUCGUCCCAUCGCGGACAUCUUCCAGGGGAAGCAAAAAUCAAUCAUCGGAAAUGACGACUGACACCGUGCCCGAUGAGUCGGUAACGAUAGCAAAUUCGCGUACCAAUCUCACCAAACGGCGCAGGGAUGCCAGCGAGUCAAGCAGUCGACGGUCGCAACGCAAUGAACAAGACAAGAGUCAAGGUACAAGGAAGGAUCCAACUGAGGAGUCGCACCAUGCCAGAUCGGAACGGAAGCCCAAGACUCAGUCAAAGUUCCUUGCCUUCUUGAAUUGCUGCAGCCCUUCAGUGUCAGAUAAUGAUAAUGAAGGCCCCGAUCUUCCUGCAAAGAAGGCCGAGCCCAGACAGCCGAUCUCCUUACGACAACCCGUGGAGAAACCCGUCUCAACCGGAACGGAAUCGACGCCUACAGAGUCGAAAGAGCAGGAACCUCUUGACGAGAAAACUAGAGACAACACAAGUUCACAGCCGACAGAAGAGACUAUUGGACCUAGUACCUCUGUCUUGACUCAGCCCACCACGCUACAAUCAAGUUCACAGGAAGCCUCGGGAGCGCGACAGGAACCAGCUUACCCCUACGGCGUUGUGCCAGACUUGGCCCCCUUACCUGAAGGUAAGAAAGACGACAACGAGGAUGUGAUUGAAGAGGAACCCGAGAAUGAGACAGCGGAGGAGUUGCUACAUGAAGAUCAUGAUAUCACCGUGCCCGAGGCUCCGGUGAUUCCUGAGGCAGAAGAUGAACACAAAUUGGAAACUGGCGAGGUUGUCGUCGCUCAAGCACCUGCACCAGACGUUCUCCUCCCUGGGCCUCCUCCAACUCCUGGAAAGCAGAGUGCUUGGUUGCUUCCUCCGCCGCUGCCACACUUGCGAGGGCGGAAAUGUUUAGUUCUUGAUCUGGAUGAAACACUUGUGCACAGCAGUUUCAAGGUCCUUGAGCGAGCGGACUUCACAAUCCCAGUCGAAAUUGAAGGCCAGUGGCACAAUAUCUAUGUCAUCAAACGGCCGGGUGUCGACCAAUUUAUGAAACGAGUGGGUGAGCUGUAUGAGGUAGUAGUAUUUACGGCAUCAGUUUCAAAGUACGGCGAUCCUUUGCUGGACCAGCUAGAUAUUCACAAUGUUGUCCAUCAUCGUCUUUUCAGAGACAGCUGCUACAAUCACCAGGGCAACUACGUCAAGGACUUGUCACAAGUUGGCCGUGACCUUCGAGAGACCAUCAUCAUCGACAACUCUCCUACGUCGUAUAUAUUCCACCCUCAACACGCCAUACCUAUCAGCAGCUGGUUCUCAGACGCUCAUGACAACGAAUUACUCGACUUGAUCCCGGUUCUGGAAGAUCUCGCUGGUACUCAAGUACAAGACGUGAGCCUCGUGCUCGAUGUUGCAUUGUAAUCAUGUUGGUGUCUCGUUUUCAAUCUUGCCCUCCAUUUUAAGCGUUGUUUCGUUAUUUACCUCUGAGCUACAUACAUUCCUCGAGCAUUGACCUUGCAUCGACCUCUCUUCCUUAACCCCGUUUGAUUCUGUCUCUCAUCUCCGUCCUUGAUCAUAGCGACCGUUUUAGAUCGACCACCGUGAAAGAUUGCACCCCUAUCCCGAACGUGGUUCUACAUGUGACACAGCGACUGGAAACCGUUUACAUUCAGGUUCCCCCUAUUCCCCUCUUACUACAUUCAGCAUUGUUGAGCAGCUCUCUAUUCCCUUGAUUUAUUUUGUCCUGUAUUUCUUUUCCAUGUUGGCGCAUGUUUGCCUAGUGCAUUUUGAAUCUUACUGGCGGCUGAGACCGUAUUGUUUGGCCUUGUUAAUCAUUUCUGCUCCGAGCGAGCUUGCUGUCUGGCCCUUUUUCCUUUUCUAUCAUUUUGUGAUCCUCUUGAGCAUUAUAUGGGCGUCUGAUUCUGGUCAUCAGUCAAGAUCUGCUCAGCUUCAUGCAUUCAAUCUUUUACUCCUGUUUCUUAUCUCUCUGUCUAUUUCCCUUUCCCUUGUUCUGAUGUUUUGAGUUAUAACUGCACGACCAUAUUCCCCCAUAUUUCUUGUUUUCUUUCCCUGUUCCUUAUUGUCUCUGACUUGAUUAAUCAAACUGAUUGUUGUCAAAAAAAAUUUUUUUUAUUAUUCUUCUUCUUUUACCCUCUUUCUUCAUUUAUUUUGAAGGUGACUCUCAGAUGUUGAGGGUUGACUAGAAACUCGGACAGUGUUGUACAGAGACAUUUAUAUAAUGUACAUGUCCUUCACUGUUGCGAACUGUGUGAUGUACAUACAUGAGUAUAACACAAUCUAUGGACAGCUUUGUAUGUCCUUAUCUU